UAAUUCCUGGAUCAGGAUGCAGCAGCUGGUUAGGGCAGAAGGCGAGAUUUUUUCCCGCGAGCGACGUUACCUCUUCAUCGCGCGAAGGCGGGCUGCUGUUUCCCUACUUUCCCUGUGCGCAGAAGAAGUUGAAGCCUUCUGCUCCUGCUGAGACAGAGGGGUUUGGUUUGGUGUCUCUCUAUUGUGCUUGUUGGAGAUUGAAGUGUUCUGAUGGCUACCCGACUCCAGUUUGAAAAUUCCUGUGAAGUUGGGGUAUUUUCAAAGUUAACAAAUGCAUAUUGCUUAGUUGCUAUUGGUGGAUCUGAAAACUUUUACAGCACUUUUGAAGCAGAACUUGCCGAUGUCAUUCCUGUCACCAAAACAUCAAUUGCAGGAACUAGAAUCAUUGGUCGACUUUGUGCUGGAAAUAAGAAUGGACUGCUUCUGCCUCAUACUACCACUGAUCAAGAACUUCAUCACUUGCGGAACAGUUUGCCUGAUCAAGUGGUAGUUCAGCGCAUUGAAGAAAAGCUAUCUGCCUUGGGAAAUUGCAUAGCCUGCAAUGACCAUGUUGCUCUUAUUCAUCCUGAUCUGGAUCGGGAAACAGAAGAAUUGGUUGCAGAUGUCCUUGGAGUUGAAGUGUUCAGGCAGACCAUUGCUGGAAAUAUUCUCGUGGGGAGUUACUGCGUCUUCUCUAACAGGGGUGGUUUGGUCCAUCCUCAUACGUCUAUUGAAGACCUUGAGGAGCUGUCAACACUUCUUCAGGUGCCCCUAGUAGCAGGGACUGUGAACAGGGGUUGUGACGUUGUUGCUUCAGGUAUGACGGUUAAUGACUGGACUGCCUUCUGUGGUUCAGACACAACUGCGACCGAGCUCUCUGUGGUUGAAAGCGUAUUCAAAUUGAGGGAAGCACAGCCAAGCGCCAUUGUGAAUGAGAUGAGGAAAUCUCUUAUUGACCAUUUUGUCUAAAUGCUCCCAUGAGUUGAAUGCAGUGGCGGGGCCACAUAUGAGGAGGUCAAUAAAUAAAUAUAUAUAUUCGAAUGUCAGUGCCUCAUUCAACUAUAAAUUUACAUAUUUGUGCCUUAAAUUGUUGUCUUCACCACUGGAUGUGAGCAGAAUUUAACGCUGAGAAAGUUCAGAUGCUCUUCCUGACACUGUUGCUUGUUUUAUGCACUGUAAAUCUAAUAUUAUUUAUGUUUUUUUA